AUGGCUCAAAUAUUGGUUCGUAACGGAAUACAAGCCGUGGGGGAAGGCCUGACAAGUGUAGUUAUUGUUGGCAAGAAAAGUGUAUUGCAAGCAGUUUCGUUUGAAGGAAGAUUCCAAGAAGUUGCACAAAAGUUCGUAGGAGACAGCUCAUCGUGGACCUCAAUGGUCUCUCGUAUCAACUCAUCGGGACGUCUUCCACUACAUUACGAACUAGCUCAUCUGAUUGCUGUGCCAGACACUGCUUCUCGCGGAAAUACUCCAACCAACUCGCAUGCUCUAUUCAGAGAUAUGAGAUCUGUUAGCUACCCAAGCGACGUCCAGAAUGUGCAUGUUGUUCUUUUCGCCGAAUACUCGGAUGUGCUCGCUCAUGUGGCCGCUAUUGCUCGGACUUUCUGCAAGUUCUCGAUGAAAACGUCUGCGACAGAGGCCCGUUCACUGAAUGUCAACAUUGAUGUCGUUUGCGAUCAGUUCACCAGCCAAGAUGCUCAUUUCCUGACUGACCUCUCCGAAUCCGUUCGCGAAACCGCUCGUCUGAUCGACACUCCUGCUAACAUCUUGACGACUGAUGCGCUUGUUGAAGAAGCUGUUAAAGUUGGCCACGCUGUUGGAGCAACUGUAUCAGUCAUUCGUGGAGAGGACCUUCUUACCGGAGGCUUCGGAGGAAUCUAUCACGUUGGAAAGGCUGGUCCAACACCUCCAGCGUUUGUAGUAUUGUCUCAUGAAGUUGCUGGCUCCACCGAGAGCAUUGCUCUUGUCGGAAAAGGAGUCGUUUACGAUACUGGUGGUCUUCAAAUCAAGACCAAGACUGGAAUGCCAAACAUGAAGAGAGACAUGGGCGGUGCCGCUGGAAUGCUCGAAACUUUCUCUGCUUUGGUUAAGAAUGGAUUCUCACAGACUCUUCAUGUCUGCCUCUGCAUUGUUGAAAACAAUGUCAGUCCGAUUGCAAACAAGCCGGAUGACAUUAUUCAAAUGUUGAGUGGGAAAACCGUCGAGAUUAACAACACCGAUGCUGAAGGUCGUUUGAUCCUUGCUGAUGGAGUUUUCUAUGCUAAGGAAAUUCUUAAUGCGACCACGAUCUUUGAUAUGGCUACACUGACGGGUGCUCAAGCUUGGCUUUCUGGGCGUAUGCAUGGAGCUGCUAUGACUAACGACGAGGAACUUGAGAAUGCGAUGGUCCGCGCCGGAAAAGCAUCUGGAGAUCUUGUCGCACCAAUGCUAUUUGCUCCUGAUCUCUUCUACGCUGAUCUGAAAUCGCCAAUCGCAGACAUGAGAAAUUCGAACCUUGGAAAGAUGGAAGGACCACCUUCAGCUGUUGCCGGUCUCUUCAUUGGCGCUCAUAUUAAUUUCGGAGAAGGACUUCGCUGGGUUCAUCUUGAUAUUGCUGCUCCAGCUGAAUGUGGAGAUCGUGGAACUGGCUAUGGUCCAGCUCUUUUCUCGAGCCUGCUUGGUAAAUACACCAAUGUACCCAUUCUGAAUCAGUAA